CGGCCCAGCGUGCCGGGCAGGAUGGACAUCUUAGGUCAGGGGCUUGUGGAGUCAGAGCUUGGCACCAUCGAUCCUCACAUUCUGUCAUGUCCCAACCUCGAAGUCAUGAUGGGUAUGGGUGACCCGAUGGUUUAUUCUGGCUACGACAGCGAACCGAUACUAUCCGGGACCAGUUCUGUUAGAUACGCGAUGGGGUAGGGGUGAAAUCAGUAGAUGAUGGACAAGAAAUUGAUGAUUUUAUUGACUGAAGUCAAGCGACGCAAGAUCUCGAGAUCCUCCGCCGGUUUGCUGUGCGAUGCAACCGCUA